AUGGGGCCCCGGCUGCUGCCGCCGCCGCCGCCCUCCUCCUCCUCCUCUUCUUCUUUCUUCUGUCUGCUCCUGCUCGGGGGGCACCUGUGCCCGGCGGCAGCCCUGGAGGACAAGAGAGUUUGCCAAGGCACGGGAAAUAAACUGACCCAGUUGGGUACUCUGGAUGACCACUUUAUAAGCCUCCAAAGGAUGUACAAUAACUGUGAAGUAGUUCUUGGAAAUUUGGAGAUCACCUAUGUGCAAAGGAAUUAUGACUUGUCUUUCCUGAAGACCAUCCAGGAGGUUGCUGGUUACGUACUGAUUGCACUGAACUCAGUGGAGACCAUACCGUUGGUAAACCUGCAGAUCAUUCGAGGAAACGUGCUCUACGAAGGCUUUGCCUUGGCGGUCUUAUCCAACUAUGGGAUGAAUAAAACAGGACUGAGGGAGCUGCCCAUGAGAAACCUUUUAGAAAUCCUUAUUGGUGGUGUUCGAUUCAGCAACAAUCCUGCACUGUGCAACACAGAUACAAUCCAGUGGAAAGACAUUGUAAACACAGGACAGUUAAACAACAUAUCCAUAGACAAUCAAAACCAACUGGACAAAUGUCCAAAGUGUGAUCUUAAUUGUCCCAAUGGAAGUUGCUGGGGUCCUGGACCACAGAACUGUCAGACUUUGACCAAGACCAUCUGUGCCCAGCAAUGUUCGGGCCGGUGCCGGGGAAGUUCACCCAGUGACUGCUGUCACAACCAGUGUGCAGCUGGCUGUACAGGACCCAGAGAGAGUGACUGCUUGGUCUGUCGCAAAUUUCGGGAUGAAGCCACCUGCAAGGACACCUGCCCUACGCUGAUGUUGUACAACCCCACAACCUACCAAAUGGACGUCAAUCCAGAAGGGAAAUACAGCUUUGGAGCUACCUGUGUCAAAAAGUGCCCACACAACUACGUAGUGACAGAUCAUGGUUCUUGUGUCCGCUCUUGCAACGCAGAGACCUCCGAAGUGGAGGAAGAUGGUGUCCGAAAAUGCAAAAAAUGUGAAGGGCCAUGCAGUAAAGUCUGCACUGGAAUUGGAACUGGUGAAUUUAAGGAUGUUCUUUCUAUAAACGCCACAAACAUCAAACGAUUCCAAAAUUGUACCAAGAUCAACGGGGAUCUUCAUAUCCUGCCUGUGGCAUUUAAUGGGGACGCUUUCACAAAAACUCCUCCACUGAACCCAGAGGAACUGAACAUCUUUAAAACCAUCAAAGAAAUAUCAGGAUUUUUACUGAUUCAGGAUUGGCCCGCAAACAUGACCAACCUUGGUGUUUUUGAAAAUCUGGAAAUUAUCCGAGGCAGAACUAAGCAGCAUGGCCAGUUUUCCCUUGCUAUUGUUAACCUGAACAUAACUUCUCUGGGAUUACGAUCUCUCAAGGAAAUAAGUGACGGAGAUGUAGUCAUUACAAGAAACAAAAACUUGUGCUAUGCAAACACGAUACACUGGGACAAACUGUUUGGCACAGCAAAUCAGAAAUAUAAAAUUGAAAACAACAGGCAUGGAAAUGGAUGCAAUGCCACCGGUCAAGUUUGUCACCCUUUGUGUUCCCCUGAGGGAUGUUGGGGUCCAGAGCCAAACCAGUGUUUCUCUUGCCGAUACGUCAGUCGAAGCAAGGAGUGUGUGGAGAAAUGCAACAUAUUAGAUGGAUUCCCAAGAGAGUUUGUGGAGAAGUCAGAAUGUUUGCAGUGCCAUCCAGAAUGUCAACCACAGCCUAAGAAUGCAACCUGUACAGGUCACGGUCCAGACAACUGCAUUAAGUGUGCCCACUACAUAGAUGGUCCUCACUGUGUUAAAACCUGUCCCGCUGGAAUUAUGGGGGAAAAUGAUACCUUGGUCUGGAAAUAUGCUGAUGCACAUAAUGUGUGUCAACUGUGUCAUCCAAAUUGCACCCAUGGAUGCAAUGGGCCAGGUCUCGAAGGCUGCCCGGUGAAUAGCUCCAAGAUCCCCUCCAUCGCUGCUGGGAUUGUGGGGAGCCUCCUCUGCCUGGUGAUGGUGGGCCUCAUCAUCGGGCUCUACAUGAGAAGGCGGCACAUUGUUCGUAAACGCACGCUGCGCAGGCUGCUUCAGGAAAGGGAGCUCGUUGAGCCUCUCACACCCAGUGGAGAAGCUCCCAAUCAGGCUCUUCUGAGGAUCCUCAAGGAGACAGAAUUUAAGAAGAUCAAAGUUCUUGGCUCUGGGGCAUUCGGCACCGUGUACAAGGGGUUGUGGAUUCCUGAAGGAGAGAAGGUCAAAAUUCCAGUUGCUAUUAAGGAAUUGAGAGAGGCGACCUCUCCAAAAGCCAACAAGGAAAUUCUUGAUGAGGCCUACGUCAUGGCCAGCGUGGACAACCCCCACGUUUGCCGCCUGCUGGGGAUCUGCCUCACGUCUACCGUUCAGCUCAUCACUCAGCUUAUGCCGUUUGGUUGCCUCCUGGACUAUAUUCGGGAGCACAAGGACAACAUCGGCUCCCAGUACCUUCUCAACUGGUGUGUGCAGAUCGCGAAGGGAAUGAAUUACUUGGAAGAACGCCGGCUGGUCCACCGAGAUUUGGCAGCCAGAAACGUCCUGGUGAAGACGCCGCAGCAUGUGAAGAUAACAGAUUUUGGAUUAGCUAAGCUGCUUGGGGCUGAUGAGAAGGAAUACCAUGCAGAAGGAGGCAAAGUUCCUAUCAAGUGGAUGGCUUUGGAAUCUAUUUUACAUCGGAUCUAUACCCACCAGAGUGACGUUUGGAGUUAUGGAGUCACCGUUUGGGAGCUGAUGACUUUUGGUUCAAAACCCUACGAUGGAAUUCCGGCUAGUGAGAUUUCAUCCAUCUUAGAGAAAGGGGAACGUUUGCCUCAGCCGCCCAUCUGCACUAUCGAUGUCUACAUGAUCAUGGUCAAAUGUUGGAUGAUCGACGCAGAUAGUCGCCCUAAGUUUCGAGAGCUGAUACUUGAAUUCUCCAAAAUGGCCCGUGAUCCCCAGCGCUACCUGGUCAUUCAGGGUGACGAACGAAUGCAUCUGCCGAGCCCCACGGACUCCAAGUUUUACCGCAGUCUGAUGGAGGAGGAGGACAUGGAAGAUAUCGUCGAUGCCGAUGAGUACCUCAUUCCUCACCAAGGGUUCUUCAACAGCCCUUCCACAUCCAGAACUCCCCUCCUGAGUUCUCUGAGUGCUACCAGCAACAAUUCCACCACUGCCUGCAUUGACAGAAACGGGCAGGGAUUUGCCUUGAAGGAAGACAGCCUCGUCCCGAGGUACAGUUCAGACCCCACCACUGCCUUCUUUGAAGAUAGCAUAGAGGAUGGCUUCCUGCCCGUUCCAGAAUACAUCAACCAAUCAGCCCCACAAAGGCCAACAGGUUCUGCAGUUCAGAACCCUGUCUACCACAACCAGCCUUUAAAUCCCAAUUCUACUAAAGACUCUCACUACCAGAACUCACACAGUAAUGCGGUGGACAACCCAGAAUAUCUCAACACGGGCCAACCCACCUUCAUCCAAAAGGCGUUCGACGGCUCUUCCUACUGGGACCAAAAGGCCAACCACCAGAUUAACCUGGACAAUCCUGACUACCAGCAGGACUUCCUACCCAAGGAAGCCAAGCCUAAUGGGGUCUUUAAAGUUCCUGCAGCCGAAAAUCCCGAGUAUCUCCGGGUGGCAGCGCCCAAAAGUGAAUUCAUUGAAGCAUCGGCAUGACAACAGAGGGACCACCACCCCCGCUCCCCAAAUUCAGCCAGCCAGGCUGCUGAAGGACCAUCCUAUGGACACCAUCAUCGACUGACCCACUUGGUCACCAUCAUGUUUUUCCUUUGGAGGUGUGAGCUGCCCUCACCGGACUCCGGUACGACCACCCUCAUCCUUCAUCAAGGAUUGGCUCUUUUACACGGAUACACAAUGAAGUGGAACAAAAAUAUCUGUGGACAUUAUGGGAGCAACGCUGAGCUUUCCAACAAGCCUCUGAAAAUGAUACCCGGGGAGCUUAUUUUUAGCAAGACACUUCGAAUAUACAAUAGUUAACCUUCUUAGAAAUGCUUUUGAGACAUAAAGGCAAGGGGGAAAUCAUGGGCAUUGGGCUCACAUCCUCGCUUGUUGGCUUUAAGCUGGUUGGGCCACACCGAUGAAGAAUCGGGUGAAUGGAUUGAGGGCCCGGGAAUCUGGAAAACAUUGAUUGGCCCAAUUGGACUUGUCUUGAGCAGUCCUCUUUUACUGCUUCCAGAUUCUCUAGGUUCCAACCAGGGCGGGUUGGUGCUACUCCUAGACCAUAGACCAAGGAGUAAUGAAAAAGCAGUUCAGCCAAUUACUGACCACUACACUUGGAGAAACCAAGAACAUUGUUUGUAAAUGUCUCCAUGGUACUCACCGGACUGUUUUAAAAUGUUUUCUGAAUAUGAAUCCCCGUCUUAAUCUUUUUUUUUCCAUUCCAUUCUAGCUAGCUGUAUAGACAACUCGAUUGGUUAAAUGGAUAUAACCGGAAAAUCUGCCGGGGAAGCUCCCCGUUGGCUCACUCUGUUCGGUCAAAGGUGCCAUUUUCAAGAUGCAGAGGAAGGAUGGGCAGGAAAUGCAAAAGAUCAGGAGGAUAAUCUUAUGAGCCGGAGUAGUUGACUUAGAUGAAACUGUACAAAACCUAAACUUGUUUAAGGGGAAAUGCAAAAAGAAGCCAUCCAGAAAAAUUAGAUUGUAAUAGUUUGAUUUAAGGGAAAAACAGCUUAGCCAACUGUAGGAAAUUAAAUUAUUUCAUUUUUCCUUCAAUUUGAUCCAAAAGUAUGCUACCUAAAAGUUAACUCCUCCUGGAACACUACAUCACGCCUUUCUAUUCCGUGCUUCUUUGGCCUUUUUUCAAAUGAUAAAAGUUCACCAUACGCUAGAUCUCAGUGGAAAACUGGAUAACUCUGCUCCAACCUAGAGGAAAUACAGAAAGUCAGAAGGUGUGGUAAAACUCCAAAAUUUUCAAAAUCAAAUUGUGUGGGGGCAGUGAUGCAUUUCUGAAAUUACAACCUGUGAAUUUACUAGAUAAAAAUCUGUAUGUUCAUUUGAUUGUGUGCCUAAAGAUAGUCUGAAGCAAUCCAUUUUACUAGAUACUUCUGGGCCUACUCUCCAGACAGUCGUUUGCAUUAUAGCAUUCUUCACAUUCUCCAAAUGCCUGUCAGUGGAUGUUUUUAGUAUCUCCUCUGGAAAAAAUGAGAUUAGGGAAAGAUGAAGCAAUAUUUUCCAGAAACUGUAAUAAAGGAACAUUUUAACCAAUGGGUUGGUUGGGUGGGUUUUGGGGGGUUUUUUUGUUUGUUUGUUUUCCCCCCACCAUUCCUGCUUGUCAGAAAUUGUGUUUCUGCCAGGGAGUUAAGCACCUUAUCAGAGACAGCUGAAUGACUGUGACCCUACCCUGGCCUUGGGAUUCCUCCCAACAAAAUCCCAGAGGAGCCUCAGCCCAAGCUGAUUUGUCUUGAACUCAAGAUCUCAGGAUCUUCUGGGCAGUCUCAUAUAGUCACAUAUUCCGAUCUCUACUUUUUCAGAAAUAGGUAACUGCUGGUGAAGGGCAGUAUAUGCCAUCAGACCCAUUCCCAUCCCAUCUUGGGAAGUUACUAGGGCUGAAUUUCAGGGAGCAGUCAAGCAUUUUUCUUCUCUGUGCAUCAAAACCCUUCAGGAUAAAACCCAGGUCAACUCCUGUGAGGUACAAACAUAAUGGUUCUUAAAAUUACAGGCACGCAACACCUGUGAAAUCAAGAAAGCAGAACAAAGCUCAUGGGCAAUGGAGAACUGGGUUAAUCGAGAAAUACAAAAUCUAUGCCGGGUUUGUCUGGAGCUCUGGCCAGUCUGAGACCACAUAGUAAGCCUCGACCAACAAGGAGAUGACAAAGACUUGGUCUUUGAAGUUCAAAAAAUUUGCCCGUGCAUUCUGUCUCAUCCAUCUGCUAAUGUGCUCUAAAGUCAGAAGGCUCAUUUGGCUUUUUGCCCUGAGAUCUCGGAGUGAAGAAAGGGGAGAUGCUUUUAUCUGGACCCCUGAUGCUUUCUGAAAAUGGUGAGAGCUUAGACAGUACCGCUCAGCUGCUGAUGGGACUGUUGCGAGAGUCAACUGAUCUAUAUGAACAAGAAUGCCUCAUUGCUGCUCUUAGAGUUUUGACACAUUUUCCAAAGUUAAAAAAAUAUUGAUUUAAAUGAUUUCCUCUUUAAACCUUGCAAGAGAAAGCUGACAGCUGGCCCCUUGGAGACUGAAAUUUUCAGUCUACAGGGAAAUCUGUUUAUUCUUUCUGUAAGACUCCCAUUCCACUCAACGAAAUUCUCUGACCAUCAUCCACAGAUUUUCCCUUUAAUUUGUAGGCUAAUUUAGGUGUCUAAGAAUUUUGAGUACUCCUGCAAAACUUAUUUGAUUCAUUAAAUGGAUUAGCAUACCAUACUGAAAGUGUAUAAUCUGAGGAACUUCAUUUUAACAGAAAAAUCUAUUAAAACCAAAAGUGUUCCAUUGCAUUGGACAAUUUGGGAAGAUACUUACUGUUUUGAACUGCCUGAGAAGAUGAGCCAGGGGGUUGGUACUGACCAAUCACCAUUUCCAGGAUGCCUCUAGGUACUAAAAUACUUGAGGUAAGAGCAACUUUAAAAAUAUCAAAACUAUCCCCAUUUCCCUUCCCAGAUUAACAGGGCCAGGACAGUUCCAAAAGAGGGUAGAAACCAAAUUAAAAGAUGCUAAUUAUCACAGUAGAUUCCCACUUUAAUACAGUUUGGGCAUUCAUUAAUUCUGUGAACCAAUAGUAGUGAUUCUACACCAACUGUGGACAGAGCAACAAAGUGUUUGGGAGAGUGUGAUAGAGGUUGGAGACAUGGUCCCCCUUGCUGACAGUUUGGGAGCACAACACAGAAUUAGAAAGGGUGAGGAAAUAGGCCAGACUAUUUGAAGCCCAAAUUGACGUGUUUGUAGUAAUUAUUAACUGCCUACUGUGGGCAAAGUAGUGUACUAAAUGCUAGGAAAAAAAGGCUAGGAAAAAUAGGGGUCCUUGGCCCCCAGUGGGCUCAGAAUCUAAGAGUAAAAGGGAGAGGGAGUUGGUGACAGACAAAAUGAAAAAUAAAACCAGAAAACAAUCUAAGAGAUAAGGACAACGAUAAAUGGAAAUAGAACGAUAGAAUACCAUGGCUAGAAGAGCAGAGUUUCGGACUCACCUCAACACUCAGAGCUACGGCUUUCUAGAGUUUGGAAAGUCCUCACGCUCCUGGUUUUUCACCGGUUCUGGCCUGAAGCAAAGGCUGGUGGGGAGUCCUAAUGGGGUCGGGGGCUGGGCAGCAUCUCUUCCAUCCUACAGGCCUCCGGUCCCAUGGUGAGAAAACGGCUUGGGCCGCUCUGAUUUCGUACCCAUUGUGGUGAUGGGUUGGAUAGGGCUUCACUUCCGCAAGGGACCAGUCCCGGGAUCUGAGGAGAUGGAUGAUAGGAUGUUGGGAACUUUUGCAUUUCCUGAAGCAAAAUCAUUGUUUAGACUAGGAAACAGAACUCAUCUUCCAAGGGCUGCUACCUCUUCAAUGACCGCUGUUGAAACUGCCUUUGAUUGUUCUUUUGCAUUGUAAUGGGAGAAAUCAUUUUAUUGCAAUGGGAUGAUCUGUUAAUAUCACUGUAAAAUGCACUUGUACAGGAAUGUCAUUUUGAUGAUUUGAAAACCUCUGCCUAGCUUCACUGCCACAGUACUGCUGUUUAAGGGGCAAGUCUUUUUUGGAUGUGCCUAAAAGUUCACUUGGAAGCAGGAUUUUUAUACCCAAAUCCUAUUUUUCUAACUUAGUUUUUUUCCCCUCAAAUUCCUCCCUCCUCUGCUCUGGCACACCACUUUUUGGGUGUAUUCUGAAGGUAAUUCAUUUUUGUAUGAAAGGGUACGAACCUAGACUAACUUAGGACCAAAGACCAAUCUCUUUCUUGAAAACAAUCAAAAGGAAGCAGUGCCCUCUGCCACUCCACAGCUGUUCAUUUCUCCAAAUCGGUAUUCAGAACAGAGAGAUCACCUAGAUCAAAAGAGAGGUUAUUGGCAUGGUGCGGGCUGUUUCGAUGAAACAAUUCCACAUUCAAAUUCACUAUUAUUAUCCUCUGCUCUGGGUCCUCGCUCCAUUGGGCCAACUUUGAGGAAAGGGGUUUGGAAUAGUAGCGCCGGAGAGAGAGUUGCCUGGAAUUGGGGCAGCAUUAACAAGCACUAGAGAAAACUCACAAGUGUGCCCCCCAUUCCUCCUCUCCCCCAACUCCCACCUUUUCCCCUUCCCCGGCUAUACAUUUGGGAGGAAGGCUGGCACAAAUUAAAAAAACAACAACAGUCUUUCUGCUAGACCUGCAUAAGGAGGCCAAAAUGAACUGCUGAUGAAAGGGGAGGAAGUUAUGGUGUAAACCACCCAGACAUUUGGAAUAGCAAGAAUCCAAGAAAGGGAUUCUUGUGAGGGCGUGAACUUUCCACAGUCUGCCUCUGGAACUAAAAAAUGUUUCUCGUGGAGAUACGUAGCCAUCUCCCUUUUAUCCCUUCCCGAAAGCAAGCCGGGCUUUCUAACCACCAGCAGAAAUUCCAUCAAUCCAUCACUGAGCACUGCACUAAGCUCUUGGGAGAGUGUCAUACCAAGGCCCUGUUGACUAGCAGGUAACUGGCAGGGGAUUUUGUAAAGCCAAAUACACUUAACUCCCCCACUCUCUUGUCCUGAAUUUUGUCCAGAUGGCAGCCCUCUGUAUAAUCCAAUCUGUGUGAAAUGAAUAGAGAGCCUGUGGAUACAUUGUCCCAUUUUAGCCUGCUUGGGAAUGGUGCAUUCCAUUCAAAACUAGGGAGCAGCAGCUUUGUUCGAAGGAACUUUCAAGCAAUAGCUUUGUACAUUUCUAGACACCUUUUAGCAAUGUAAAGUGAUGCAAUGAUGCACUAUUUGUAAAAAUAAGAAACAAGGCUGCCUUUUUGUAUGGUUUGUAUUGAUUAGAAGAUAUUGAUUGUUUGUAUAUUGAGUGAUAAAAAUAAGGUGUACGUUAUUCUUUCUGUGUUUUUAUCUUUAGGAGGACCUUUCUUGUAAUAUUUACAUGAUACUGUUCAGAAAGAGAGGCAUUAGUGUCAUAGAUUCAAUAGCACAUCAGAACUAAUGUAGACACCCUCCUGAUAAAUGUUGACUCAUUUUUAUGUAAGAGGAAGCAAUGUAAAUGGGGCUUCUCUAGAGCUAAGUGGGCUUGAAUCCUGAAGCAACUUUCCCCAUUCAAGAAUUUCCAGUUAUUGUCAUUUUAGCUAGGGUGCCAAAUAGCAGUGACGAAUGUCUUGUGCCAACCACCUUGGCCUUCAGCAGAAGGAAUCACGGGAAAGCCUGCCUAUCUCUCCACCCCAGAGCAGAGUUAGUGAUGCUCACUCUCCUUCCAUAGCUUCCAACUCCACUCAGAGCCAAGAGAGAACGCCUGGUGGAAGGCAUUUCCUGACCCCAAACUGGCUUGUGUUUCCUCAAGCCCUCAGAGAGAACAGAUGUUUUAUUGUCAUCGGGCCACAAGUGCUGAAACCCUGAGGCAUUUACAUGCUAAAUUCCCUCACCAAAAAUAUAAGGCAUAGAGGGUUUUUCAGUCUACCACUUGUGAACUGAAUGUGUGGUUUUUUAAUUGCCCUGGUAAGAAUAUGCCCUUGAGUGGCACUGUAAGAGUUUGGUGGGGAGGACAAACCUCAGUCUAGAAAACAAAGACGGUAUUCAACGCAAAGAGAAAAAUUCAAACCUUUACAGCUUAAAGAAAAUAACCCCAAAGCCUCUUUCACUCAAGAAAAUGGUUGUAGACGUGAUUUUUUUUUCUAUAAUGCAUGGGCUAUAUUUUGAAGAGCCUUUUGUUAAGGGAAAAAAUCACAACACAUCAGUCCAAAGGGAAUUAAUGAGUUAGGGAGAAGUGGUUCAAAGAUAACACCAUGACUGACCUUUUUCAAAUCAAAUUUGUAUAUUAUGAUCACCACUAGCAGAGUGCUUCACACCCUUACUACUCACUGCUAUUUUACUGUUUUAGAUACUCUGAAGAUGCAGAAACACUAAGAAACAAAGUCCUGAACAGUACAGUAAGGCUGAAGCUGGGAAGAUUUGACCAGCACUGCACAACACAGAAUCUACUUGUACCAACUUGUUGAUCAUGUUAUGUUGUGGGGCAAAAAUCUUCCCUAAUUAUUCCACCAGGUUAUAGCCAAAUCAUGUAACACAUUUUAUGGUAGAGCUGAUUGCACUUGGACAUGAAAGGGAAGGGAAAAAAAGUUCUUUCAGAUGUUCAAGACUCCCCAAGAGAGAAGUGGGUGUGAUCUAAUCAUCCUGUAUCAUAAAGAAAAAAAGCUAGUCCCUCCCAGGGGAGACAGGGAGUGGAGCUCUAGUUCUUCCAAAGAGACAUCAAAGCCCAAGUACUUCCACUGUAGGGGAAACAGCAGUUUCUGUGCCACUGAAAUGGUGAGUGUGAUGGGGAAGAGCCUGGGAAAAGACACCGAUAAAGUUGGCUAAGGGAACAGGAAGAACCUCCUGAGUUAUUGCUCCUUGGCCCAGUUUGAACUGAUAUCACCAUCUUGGUAGGUGGACUCUGGCUAAAGAGGUGGGAUGUUUUAGCCUUAAGACCCUUCUUACUCGUUCCCAUCACUUCUGUAAUGCAAAUGGUAAUGCAUGAUGUUUAGUAAAAUAAAACUAUGCAAAAAAUU